GAUUGGACUGUGGGAGAACUGAUAUAUCCAAAGUUGUUUUUUCUAUUUAAAUAAAUAAAAGUGAAUAUUUGAAUUUAAGUAGAAAAGUUUUUAAACAUGGUAAUGGCAGAGUGAAGUACCGAGAAGACGACUGUAUCUACUGUGGGAGGCUGAUUCUACUUCAGCUACCCCACCGCUGCCCAGCAGAUCCAGCCCUCAAUCUCGCACUUUAUCGUCGCUGCAGACAUCCGUGAUCCCGGUUCCUAAUCUAACCGGUCAACCGCUGCUCCGACGAACCGUUAAUCUCCGAUCAGAAAAUUUCUUGGUAAAAAAUAUGAAUUUUCUGAUGCUGAGGUCUAAUAACCAGACUGCAACUCCUGAGAUGCAGUCUGUUAAAGAGGCUCAAGUAGAGGCAAAUUAUGUCUCAAAAGCUGCUACCACAUUAGAAGGUCUUAUUGUUGAAGAUCCGUAUAACGGAAGUACGUCCGCUGAAACCCGAAAUGCAGAGAGUGACGAGUCUAGGGACGAGAAUGGCAGCAUGGCAGUUUCAAGUGGAAAGAACAACUCUCAAGUUGAUACCCAUACAGAUGUUACAGAAGCUGAUGGCAUGAUAAUUAUUCCGUAUAAAGAAGUUCCUGAUAAUUGGACAGAGGCACCAGAUAUACUUUCAUUUCGCUCCCUGGAUCGCAGCUUUGUUUUUCCAGGUGAACAAAUCCGAAUUCUUGCAUGUUUGUCUGCUUAUAAGCAGGAUACAGAAAUAAUUACACCAUUUAAAGUUGCUGCUGUCAUGAAUAAAAAUGGGAAAAGCCCCCAGAAAGCAAAUGGAAAUGUUAGAGGACAAACAAAUUCAGUUUCCGAGAAAGUGGAUGCAAGUCCCAGUGAUAAAGAUAUCCAGCACAAUGAAACUGUGACAAAAGGGAAGAUUGAUUCACAUAAGGUUGUUUCAACUGGUGAAUCUCUCCUUAGGAUGGAAGAUCAUGAAAGACAGACCAAGCAGUUGUUGCAAAGAUUUAAAAAUUCGCACUUUUUUGCCCGAAUUGCAGAGUCAAAUGAAACACUUUGGUCCAACAGAAGAGCUCUAGAAGCCUGUCUUGAAUCUUCUGCCACACUUGAAGAACAAUUGACAGGAGAUUCUUCAGAAACUGCAACUACCACAAAAAACAAGAAUCCUAUAAAUGCUGUGAUUGACAGAGGAAACUUUGAUGCCCGCACAUCUGGGGGCCUGGCCAGAGGUGCUGAGUGCUGGUCCCUUGCAAAUGGAGACAUAGUGGUACUUUUACAGGUAACUGUUGGUGUUCAGUUUAUUAAGGAUCCCAUUCUGGAGAUACUUCAGUUCGAAAAGUAUCAACAAAGAGAGCUGGCUCUUAACCAGGAUAUUCCUACUUCUUGGAAUCAAGAUCCUUCUGAUGAAUUGUUAAAAUGGUUGCUUCCUUUGGAUAAUUCUAUUCCUCCUCCAGCUCGUCCUUUAUCUCCUCCUACAUUGAGUUCUAGUUCAAGUAUUCGGAGCACACCCACAAAACCUGCUGUAUCUGGGUCUUCUAGUUCUCAGCUUUUCUCGUUUGGUCAUUUCAGAAGUCAUUCUAUGUCCUCACUUCCACCAAAUAUGACACCACCCCAAGCUGUCACAACUCCCAAUGUUAAACCUACAUUUGACCCGGAAGAUUGGAAUCAGUUUUCAUUCAAUAAGUUUGUGGAAAGUGGAAAAAGUGGAAAUGAGGGAUUGUUAUCUUUUCGUGGUGUGCCUUUGCAACAAGAGAGAUUUUCUGUUCGGUGUGGUCUCGAAGGAAUUUAUACACCUGGAAGAAGGUGGAGGAGAAAAAUAGAAUUAAUUCAACCUGUAGAAAUUCAUACUUUUUCUGUUGAUUGCAACACAGAUGAUCUUCUUUGUGUCCAUGUAAAGAAUGUUUCGCCUGCACAUGUGCCAGAUAUUGUGGUGUUUAUAGAUGCUGUCGCAAUUGUUUUUGAAGAGCCAUCAAAAAGUGGACCACCAUUUUUCUUACCUAUGGCUUGCAUCGAAUCUGGGAACAACUGCAGUUUACCGAAUUUGGCACUCAGGAGAGGUGAAGAACAUUCUUUUAUUCUUAAACUGGCAAGUAGCUACUGGAAGCAUGGCAAGGGUCACACUGAUGGUAACCUACGACCAUCACGCUUACCAGCUGGAAAUGCUGCAUCAAGCUGGCAAUCCUCCAAAUCUGAAGGGAAACAUAGUGCAUCACCUACUGAUCAGUAUGCAGUUCUUGUAUCAUGUCGAUGCAAUUAUAGUGAAUCAAAGUUGUUCUUUAAGCAGCCAACAAGCUGGCGGCCUCGUAUGUCAAGGGAUCUUAUGAUCUCCGUGGCAUCUGAAAUGUCCAGACAAGCUCUUGGAUCUGAUGGAAACCAGCUUCCAGUUCAGGUUUUAACACUUCAAGUAUCAAAUAUGACAUCCGACAAUCUGACAUUAACAGUCCUUGCCCCAGCUUCAUUUACUUCUCCCCCUUCUGUAGUGCCCUUGAGUAAUUCAUUCUGCUCGCCUUUUAGCCCAAUCGAUAGUCAAGGAGCUGUUAUGGUGCAUCGGCAGACAUCUCUCACUCUGAAUCAAGGACAGAAAGUGGAAGAUGGUCCACUAUCAGUUUCCAAUAAUGAGCGAACUCUCCCUGUAUCAGAUGUGGUUCCAAAGAGUGAUCCAGAUUGCACCCACUUAUGGUUGCAGAGUAGAGUUCCACUGGGAUACGUCCCUUCUCAAUCUACAGCAACCGUCAAGCUUGAAGUACUUCCUUUGACUGAUGGCAUAAUCACUCUUGAUUCUCUACAAAUAGAGGUUAAGGAGAAAGGUACUACCUAUGUACCUGAGCGAUCUCUGAAGAUAAAUGCAACUUCGAGCAUUGCCACUGGUAUAUUCUAAGGCAGUCACUAUCACAAUUAAAUUACUGAUCUUAUCAUGGUUCUGGCAAGAUACACGAAAAUUGCUGCAUGACUCUGCUGCGUAUUUCUCUCUUCAUAUGAGCUAAACAUGUUGGUUAUUCCAGUUUUGUCCACUUAAGCUCGUGCAUUUUGCUCUCAUGUUGUGUAAUUCUGGAUUGAUAUAUGGCCUAUUUCAUAUACAUUUCCACAUGCAAGUUCAGGGUAAUACUGAUCCGUGUAUGCGAAGCAUCCAGUUUGCAUCUGAUGGUAGGAUUCAUACUGAUGAAACCUUUGAUUGAUUUGAGACUCAUAGAUCCAGUCUGAGGUAGAGUAGAUGGAGAAACUAUUGUCCAUCCAUUCCAAUGGUAGAUUCAUGAGAAACACCAGCUUUGAAGUUGAUUAUACUCAUCGUUUGUCAGCAGUAGUUCUCUUCCAUCAAUGUGGAUGUGUAGCUUUUCGUAUGUAUUAUUCUUGCAAGCCUUCUCAUUAUCAGUUGUCCUAAAUCAUAGAUUGUGAUUAAUAUUUAGCUAUUUCCUUCUACAUUUGGAAUUCCAGCCUGAAAAUUUGCUCUGUAAUUGCUAUGUUUUAACAUUUGGGAAAUUUUCAGUCAGUAGGUUGUUAGGAAAUUGUGGCGCAUCUGGUUGUCGCACAUACAUCGUUGUGAUAUAUAUAAAAUUUCGAUAUAGUUCAAAGUAUUGGCGGAUA